AUGCAGCCCUCGUCAUCAUACUCUGAAAGCGAUCCCAUGUUUGUCAGCCCAAUCCGGGUGUUGCGAACUUCUGGGAAAGUCCAAGUCGGAAAGGACCUAUCCCAUCUUACCUUGAUCUAUGAGGAAUCCGAACCUACUCCCGAGUUAGUCUUGGACUACGGGCGAUGUGAGGGCGGAUUUCCUGUCUUUGACAUCACUUCCGUCUCGGCACCUGACGGCCAGUCAGAGGUCACGUUUAAGGUCACUUAUAGCGAGACUAUUGAAGGAAUUGAUCAUGAGCAAGGCGACGGGCCCUUUUUCUUGUUCUCUAAUGCUAUGGAUUGCUACAGGGUGUGCACUCACCAUGCCAGUGUUUCUCAGCACAGGCAGACUGUAAAGUCUCGGUUUAUUCAAGCCUCCCAGAGAUAUCAGAAGAUCACGCUGAUUGAACCUAACACAAGCCUUGUGUUUUCACGAGUCGCUUUCCAUGCAGUACGACCACAAGCUACAUUGAAAGCCAAGUUCCAUUGCAGCGAUGAAACGAUCAACCGCAUCUGGAGCGAUGGUGUGCGCACGGUUGAUAUGUGCACUGUCGAGCGCGAAGAGACUGUGCCAGCCUGGGAGGUUGUUGAUGAGGGGACACGUGUCUUUGCAGGCCACUGGGCCCCUUGCCGACAGGGAACGCGGUGGUCCAACAAGAAAGUGACGUUUCAAGCAAAGGUCGAAGAAUGCGGAACCAGUUGGGCGGUUCGUAUGAUUACGAACGGUCUAAUCUUCUGUUUGGACACGCGAAGUCGAAGGUUGUCAGCUGUGGAAGGACUGGCAAGCCAAUCAUGCAUUAUACCUUCGAUUGAACGCGGAUCAUGGGAGUUACCAGACGCCCUGGAUUUGUCGGGGUGGUUCACUGUUGAGACUGUCGCAUUCAACGACAGUUUAAGUGUCACCAUACAAGGUCAAGAAGUGGCUACCGUCACAGGUAUCCAUGUCAAAGCGAUGCUAGGUGACAGACUCGACAAUAUUGGUUCAGUUGCGUUGGGAGGGCCGCCUGGAUGGACCACUCUCUAUCGAGAUCUCUUAGUCGAAAGCCUCGAUGGCCAGACGCUAUACCAGAACUCCAUGUUACCCAGAGACGCUGAGCGAACUUUCGCUGACUUCCAAGUGGGAACAAACAAGCUUCCUUGCAUCAUAGACGGGGCCAAACGAGACAGAGCCUGCUUCGGCGGCGAUGUGUUCGUUACUGGCCGCUCUCUUGCCCACUCUACCGCCAACAUCGAUGCUUGGAAAGGCUCUAUUGAACUCUUGCUCAGCCAUCAGAAUAAGGAUGGCUAUCUUGGCAAUCUGUGUCCGAUACAGGCCCCGGAACACACGGGACCUGACGAGCCACCGUACUACGGACACUACUCUCUGACUUAUGCCUUUCUACUGGUGGUAUCAAUCAAAGACCACUGGAUGCACUCAGGUGAUCGAGCCCUCGUGGAUAAAGUCUUCCAUCAACUGCAGCGCCAAAUAGACUUCACCAGGAGAUUUUUGAACAGUGAUGGACUCGUGGACGCACCACCAUAUCUUUCGAUGACUUGGUUUCCCAUGGGAGGUCCCAUCUUUGGCGUCUCCACAGGCUUGAACCUUGCCUACCUUGACGCCCUCAACGGCAUGGCACUGAUGUCAUCAGACAGAGAAACAGAAUCGAUGUAUUUAUCCCACGCUACGUCUCUGAGAGAGACGAUAAUCCGCCUUCUUUGGAAUGGUGAACGCGGCACAAUGCGCCCAGCGCUCUCUCUUGAGGCCGAUGGGGUUUUUCAAGACGUCAAUGCCUACGCAGCCACUCUAGGCGUCUCACCACACGAUUCACGGACAGCCAAAAAUAUCUUCCCAUCUGAUGGUUCCCUCCCUCCAGUAUUCCGGGGCGUCGAUAAAUGGAACAAAUUCGGCUUGGCGAGUCCAUAUGCGUCUGGAUUUGCUCUAGAAGCCUUGUUUGCCAAGAACGAGGGAGAGAGGGCGAAAGAUCUGCUUUUUAAAGUAUGGGGGGCAAUGGCAAACCAAGACAACCCCAACUACUCUGGAGCUCAUUGGGAGGCGAUCAAGACCGAUGGCACACCUUUCAAUCACGAUGUCUCGCUGGCUCACGGAUGGUCUACAUGGCCAGUCUUCCUCUUGCCUCGAUAUCUUGCAGGGCUCUAUCCGCUUGAAGCGGGCUGGAAGAAGAUCGGAGUGGCACCAGUUCUCGCAGGUCUAGAUAUGGUAGAAUACUCGCUUGAAACGCCUCAAGGAAAUGUGAGGGUUUGUCUGUAUAUAGAUGAGCCGAAGAAGACUGGUGUGAUCAAGGUAUUGGUACCUGAGGGCACCACGGCUGUGGUGGAGGCCCCGAACGGUUGGACACUUGCAACUGAAGGUUCAAUACAGGGCGACGGAACAGAGGUCUCAGUUGAGAUUUUAGGAUAA